UGCACGCCUGUGCAUCGCCACUAGACCCCUCGGCCAAGCGCUUUGCAAAGGCUCUGGUAACCUGGCAGCGGUUCUUCACCCCAGCCAAGGAUUUCUCCUGCACGUCCCCUCCCGGUCCGCCCCGCCCCAUCCCCGCAGCGGAUCGCCGAGUCCAAUGCAGGGCUUCCGCUGUACUUGCAAGGCUCCUGUCUGUGAACCACGUGUGAAGCCGAGCGCUCCGCUCUUGUUUCUACUGAUGCCAUCCUCCCUAACUCCCCCGAGAGUGAGACCCCAAGGCAGGCUCCUUCACCAUGUGGGGGACGCACUAGGGCUUGCCAAGAGCUCGUAAGGGACCAUCUGCUCUGGGGUUGAUUUCAUGGACAGUACCUGAACCUUGAGCGGUCUGGAGCUGGCUUCUGUUUUCGGUUAGAUCUUCGCUGCUCGGACAGAUGCAGACAAAUGCAUUUAGGAGCAAAAAGGACAAGGACUGGAAGCAUCUCUCCCAUAGCAAAAACGAAAACCCUCCUCCUUUUUCUUGCGAUAUGCAUAGCUGUGGGUGCCGCACAAAUGCCAGCACAAGGCAUAGAUGUUCUUCACCAGUUAGGCCUUGGUGGGAAAGACACACAACAUCCAUCAACAGUGUCUACAAUGCCCUUGUCGUCUGUUCCAUUACCUCAGGGGGUUCACUUAACAGCAUCAGGCAUUGUUUUAACCGGAGAUGCUCACAUUGAAUCCCCUAUCACUCAAGUCAUACCACCAAGUCUAGGAAAUCAGUUCACAUUAUUGAUUGGGCUACACUCUUAUAGAGUAAACAAUGCUUUUCUUUUCAGUAUUAGAAACAAAAACAGACUGCAGUUUGGUGUACAGUUGCUACCAAGGAAGGUAGUGGUAUAUACUGGAGGGAAGCAGUCUGUAUAUUUUGAUUACAGUAUUCAUGAUGAACAAUGGCAUUCGUUUGCUAUUGAUAUUAGAGACAAGACAGUGUCAGUGUUUGCUGAGUGUGGAAAGAAAUAUUACAGCAGGGAAAUACUUUCUAAAGUACAGAUAUUUGAUUUGGAUGGUUUGUUUACCUUAGGACGGAUGAACUCUCAGUCUGUCAGCUUCGAAGGAGUAAUAUGUCAACUGGAUAUUAUCCCCUCUGCACAAGCCUCUGCAAACUAUUGUAAAUAUGUAAAACAGCAAUGUCGCCACGCUGAAACAUACCGAUCUCUGCCAGCACCUCCCGACACAUCAGCUGGGGUGUCUGUAAACUUUCCGAGCAAACAGUUUGGUGACAACAACCAAUCUGAACAUAAAUCAUGGUACUCACAAAAAGAAGCAUUAAGCCUUCCUAGUAACAACACUGCACCAAUCCAUACCCUACCUGAAUCCUUAGCAUUAAGAACUGUUACUCCAUCGGAGCUUGUAAAAUCUGAAUCUCAGUCCACAACAAUUAGACCUGAAGCAAAUGUCCAGGAAAACUUCAGUCUGUCAAUUAAUCAACAGGGCUUGAUCAAAAAGAGGAAUAGCACCAAAAAAAACCUGGGAUCAUCUCAAAAUAGUUCAGAUAAUGCCACAGAAGAUGCAGGCAGAAAAAGUGAGCUCUUCCUCAUUUCUCAUGUAAAACAGAGUAAGAUCAAAGAUGCGAAAACACAAGUAAAGGCCAAGCAGCAUUCAGACGAACCCCUGGAAAUGCAGCAAAUCUUGAACACCACACUAUACAGGGCUACCGUAGACCUGUCUUUGGAUAAUCAGCUCAAUCCAUGGGAGGAAGGUGCAUUUGAUGCUGACGAGACUUAUGAUGCAGAAAACGGUUAUGAAAUUGAUGUUGAAAGUUACAGUUAUGAUUAUGAAGAUCUUAACAAAAUGUUUGAAAUGGAGAAUACAAGAGGGCCAAAAGGGGAAACCGGACCUCCAGGUCCCCCCGGUCCUCCUGGUUUACCUGGUCUGUCAGGGAAGAGAGGUCCAAGGGGUAUUCCAGGGCCACAUGGGAAUCCAGGUUUGCCAGGGCUGCCUGGUCAAAAGGGCCCUAAAGGAGAUCCAGGAUUCUCCCCAGGACAAGCAAAACGUGGAGAAAAGGGUGACCCAGGUCCAAGAGGCUUACUAGGCCCUCCUGGUAUCAAAGGUCAGAAGGGUCCCAAAGGCUAUCCAGGGCCACCAGGUCCACGAGGCGAGCAAGGAAUUCCAGGAAUGGCUGGCAAUGCUGGUUCACUUGGUUACCCUGGCAGGCAGGGUUUAGCUGGACCAGAAGGUAACCCAGGUCCUAAAGGUGUAAGAGGUUUCAUUGGACCUCCAGGGGUGGCAGGACAGCCAGGACCUGAAGGAGAAAGAGGUAUUCCAGGACUGCCAGGAAAAAGGGGUCUUAAGGGGAGACUGGGUUUUCCAGGUGACUUUGGAAACAGAGGCCCCCCUGGCGCAGAUGGGAGUCCUGGAGCUGUUGGUGGCAUUGGGCCUCCUGGAUUUCCUGGGCUGAGAGGUGGUGUUGGGCCUGUGGGACCGAGUGGACCUUCUGGAAUUCCUGGGCCUCUGGGUCUUCCAGGGAGUAUGGGGCAGCCUGGAAUGAAAGGUGAUAAGGGUGAACAAGGCAUUGCAGGAGAGCCGGGUGAGCUGGGCUAUCCAGGAGACAAGGGUUCUGUUGGUUUGCCAGGACCAGCAGGAAUCAGAGGAAAGCCAGGGCCUCCUGGAAAAAUUGGAGAUCCGGGACUCCGGGGACCAUCUGGUCCUCCUGGGCCUGAGGGUUUUCCAGGAGAUAUUGGUAUACCUGGACUAAAUGGCCCUGAAGGUCCAAAGGGACUUCUAGGUGAUCGAGGGCCUCCGGGGGCCCCAGGCCCAAAAGGAAUCGAGGGAGAAGAAGGACCAAUUGGACCUAUUGGAGGAGUUGGACCAAGAGGAAGGCCAGGUCGGAAAGGGUAUGCAGGUGAACCUGGAUCAGAAGGCUUGAAGGGAGAACCAGGAGAUCAAGGAAACCUUGGAAAAACUGGUGAAGCAGGACCCAUUGGUUUACCUGGAGAAAUUGGACCUGCUGGAAUACCUGGUGAAAAGGGAGAGCGAGGCAGUCCAGGGCCAGUGGGCCCUCCUGGAGAGAAAGGUGUCACGGGCUAUUCAGGACCUCCAGGGGGAUUUGGGCCUUUAGGGCCACAAGGACUGCCUGGUCCUUCAGGAGCAAGAGGACCUCCAGGACCACAGGGAUCUAAAGGACGAAGAGGGCAAAGGGGUCUAGAUGGUCCUCCAGGAGAGCAAGGGACACAAGGUAUUAAGGGAGAAAGAGGUGAUCCAGGGAAAAAAGGUGUUCAUGGACUUAUUGGCAAGGCUGGAAACCCUGGAGAAAGGGGUGAUUCAGGAGUACCAGGCUUGCCUGGACCUCCUGGAAACACGGGUGACAGAGGCCCUGUGGGAGAGCCAGGCCCAAGAGGACAAAAAGGUGAUACUGGCCCUGCAGGAGAAAUGGGUUUUGAGGGACCUCCUGGCCCUGAGGGAGAGCCUGGCCUGCAAGGAGAACGAGGUGCAAAGGGAGACAUCGGACCUGCUGGCAAUGCUGGAGAAACAGGAGAACAAGGUUUAAGGGGUGAACCAGGAUCCCCAGGAGAAGAUGGCGUUCAAGGGAAAGAUGGCUCAAAGGGGAUCCCUGGAGACCAAGGGCUUCCAGGAGAGGAUGGUGAAAAAGGAGAGACUGGAAUUCCAGGAAUUACAGGCCCCACUGGUGAACCUGGCAUAGUGGGCAUUCCAGGACCUGAAGGAACACCAGGAAAUCCAGGUCAAAGGGGUCGUCCAGGAAGAAAGGGGGAAAAGGGGCAGCUAGGACCUCCAGGAGAGAUUGGAGCCACAGGUGAUGCUGGCCAAUCUGGAAAAUUUGGUCCUAAAGGCGCAAGAGGGACUAGAGGUCCAUUGGGGCAUUUAGGAGUAAUGGGACCUGAAGGAGAGCCAGGGAUUCCAGGUUAUAUGGGUCAUCAGGGUCAGCCAGGAUCACCUGGUCCUCCAGGACCCAAAGGAGAGAAGGGUUACCCAGGCGAAGACAACACAGUACUGGGACCACCUGGGCCCAUAGGUGAACCAGGUCCUAGUGGUGAACGUGGAGAUAGAGGAGAACCUGGUGAUGAGGGAUUCAGGGGUCACACAGGGCUUCCAGGUCUAAGAGGAGCAAUUGGACAGCAAGGGCCUCCAGGUGAACCAGGUGAAUUGGGGGAACAAGGACCAAAGGGAGAGAGAGGAUCAGAAGGUCCCACUGGAAAAAAAGGAAAGACUGGUCAAGCUGGAAAACCUGGAAUUCCUGGAAAACCAGGCCCACAAGGGCAGAAAGGUGCUUCUGGAUAUCCUGGACCCGAGGGCAUUCCUGGGAGUCCUGGAAAGCCUGGGUUACCUGGGAAUGCUGGCUUUCCUGGCAAUAAAGGAAGCCCAGGAAUAGCAGGGCUGGCGGGGUAUCCUGGAACUCAGGGAGCAAAGGGAUUGCGAGGCAUGCCAGGUAUCAGUGGAGAACCAGGACUAAAGGGUGAGCGAGGGCUUCAGGGUCAUCCAGGAAAACAAGGUAAAAGAGGCCUUCCUGGGGUACAAGGUGAUCAAGGCCCACCAGGAGAUCCUGGAUUGAAAGGGAAAACUGGAGAACUUGGAGAUCAAGGUUUGAUGGGAUUUCAAGGAUUCCCAGGUCCAAAAGGUCCUGAUGGGGACAUUGGUUUAGUUGGAAUUCUGGGUCCUAAAGGACCUACAGGCCAAAUUGGAUACACUGGCCCCGUUGGUCAAGAAGGCAUAAUAGGCCCAACAGGCAAACCUGGAUCCAGGGGUGAAAAAGGCUCCAGGGGUGAAAUUGGCCCUCAGGGACCACGGGGUCAUCCAGGUCCACCAGGUCCACCUGGGGCACCUGGUCCAAGAAAACCAAUGGACAUCAAUGCUGCUAUUCAAGCCUUGAUUGAAUCAAAUGGUGCACUACAGAUGGAGAGCUACCAGAAUACUGAAGUAACUUUACUAGAUCACAGUGCAGAGAUAUUCAAAACGCUACACUAUCUCAGCAAUUUACUGCACAGUAUCAAGAACCCCCUCGGCACUCGGGAUAACCCAGCACGCAUCUGCAGGGAUUUGCUUAACUGUGAACGUAAAGUAUCAGAUGGAAAAUACUGGAUUGACCCAAAUAUUGGAUGUCCUUCUGAUGCCAUUGAGGUUUUCUGCAACUUUACUGCUGGUGGCCAGACAUGUCUAUCACCCGUAUCUGUGACAAAGUUGGAGUUUGGAGUUGGAAAAGUGCAGAUGAACUUCCUUCAUUUACUGAGCUCAGAAGCAACCCAUACCAUCACAGUUCACUGUCUGAACACGCCAGUGUGGGGAACAAAUGAGGCAGAUGCUCAGAAAACAUCUGUUCACUUCAAAGGCUGGAAUGGUCAAAUGUUUGAAGCAAAUACACUACUUGAACCAAAGGUGCUUACAGAUGAAUGCAUGAUCCAAGAUGGCAGCUGGCAUAAGACCGAGUUCCUUUUUCACACUCAGGACACUACUGACCUUCCGGUUGUUCAGGUGCAUACGUUUCCUCAUCUCAAACCAGGACAACAGCAUACCAUAGAAAGUGGUUCAGUGUGCUUUCUCUAAGCUUCCUAACCUGAUUCUGG